GACCUCUGCUGCGCCCACGCGCACGCAUAUCUCCCAGGGCGCCCUCUACAUUCUACUGUACCUUCUUUCUUUAUUCUUCUCACCCGUUCAGACCCCGCCGCCAUGGCCACCAGGCUCCGCGCGCCCACUUGGGCUCCCCUUGUGGCCAUCCUCGCGGCCGCCGCUGCCCAGGUUCUUGCCGGACAGGUUCCUGUGUACAACGGCGUGAUUGGGGGACAGGCGGACCCCUCCACACGCGCACUGCUUCAUGGCGCUGUUUUGGCCGCUACCGACGGCAACACCACUGCUGUCAACACCACCCCCGGAAAGCUUCGCAUCGUCGAGAAUAGCGGGGUCUGCGAGACCACUCCCGGGGUCUCCCAGGCCUCUGGGUACGGCGACCUCACCGCCAACCAGAGCCUUUGGUUCUGGUUCUUCGAGGCCCGGAACAACUCAGACUCAGCGCCUCUGACAAUAUGGCUCAAUGGCGGACCGGGCAGCUCGUCCAUGAUUGGGUUGUUCCAGGAGAACGGACCGUGUAGGAUUACCAACGACAGCUCUGCCGUCACGCUCAACCCUUACUCGUGGAACAACGUCUCCAACAUGUUGUACCUCGACCAGCCUGUGGGCACAGGGUUUUCCCAUGGCGAGACGAAGGUCGGCACUUCUAUACAGGCGGCAGAAGACGUUUGGAAGUUCCUCCAGAUGUUCUUUGCCGAUGACAAGUUCUCCAAGUACAAGAAAGCGGAAUUUGCUCUCUGGACAGAGUCCUAUGGAGGCCACUAUGGCCCUACAAUUGCUGCUUACAUUUUGGACCAAAAUGCGGGCAUCGCCAACGGCACUGUUAACGGCACCGCCAUCAACCUUCAAUAUCUAGGCAUUGGCGACGGUCUCACCGAUCCUCUCGCGCAGUACCCCGGAUACCUGUCCUAUGCGGCCUCGAACCCCUACCAUCCGUUGGUCUCCAAUGACACCAUACAACGAGCUACUCUAUCCUGGAACAGUACAGGCGGGUGCAAGGACCAGAUCACCAAGUGCAACGAUGGAGGCACCGACGACGUCUGCUCGAACGCGCAGCAGUUUUGCAACGCCGAAAUCUUGUCGGCCGUACUUGGCCCCCACGACCCGUAUUACAUUCUGAGCGGUGUCGUGGAUCUCUACCCGCCGGAUAUCACGAAGUACCUCACGAACACGUCGCUGAUGAAGACGAUCGGCGCCGAGUCCACAUGGGUGAUGAGCAGCGACGACAUCUAUUUCAACUUUGCGGACACCGGAGACUGGAUGCGUACCUCGCGGCCUUUGCUCGAGAAGGUCAUCGACGCCGGCGUGCGAACUGUUAUCUACGACGGCGACGCGGAUUAUAUUCUGAACUUCCACGGCGUGGAGGCCAUGGUCGACGCCCUGCAGACGAAAUUCACCGCCGACUACGCCAAGCAAGAGUUCGCCAACUUCACCGUCAACAACGAAGUGAGCGGCCUCUACAAGAACGCGGGCACGUUCUCCUACGUCCGCAUAUUCGGCGCCGGCCACGAGGUCCCGGCGUACACCCACGGCUCGCUUCCCGUCGGCGCGGCGGCCUUCCAGAUGUUCGCGCAGAUCAUGGGCAACAACUCGCUUUCAGCCGGCGCGGUGCAGACCACCGCCACGACCGGCGGAGCCUCUGGCACUGGCAGUUCUGCGGCCGAUCCGACUGCGACGCAGCCCAAUGCUGCGCUUCUGACCUCGGGCUCGCUCUGGACGAUGCUUGCCGCGAUGCUCGUCGCAGCGGUCAGCCCUGUCUAACAAUGCCACAAUGUUGUACUACUAUAUACCCUGGACGCUUCGUCGAUAUCUCCGUACUUGUAACUCGUCGCAACGAAUGUGGACAUUACUAUCUAC